AUGGCUAGCUCAUAUACCAUGUCUCUUAUGGAGAUGGCCCGCGAGAGGUUCGAGUUUUCGUACCCCAAGUCAUUCAUUUUUCAAAACAAAGACGCCCACAAGGAGGGUGAUCAUGAUAUUCAUGUGGAUGUUGUCGAGUUAAAUUCUGCGUCCAAAUACCACUUUGACAUGCUGUCAAUUUACGCCAACGAGUCUGUCAUUUUCAACUACAAUGCAGGAACAAACCCACCACUGGACUUCGACCCUGAGCUAGACUUCGACUCUGAGCUGGACUUUGACCCUCAACUGGACUCUGACGCUGUAGACGCAGACUCUACAGACUCCGACUCUCAAGUCGACUUCGACCCUCAAAUGGGCUUCGACUCUCGAGUGCCCUCCGGCACUGAAGUGGACUCCGACUCUCAAGUAAACUCCAACCAGCAACUGAACAUCAAUUCCGAUCCUUCUGAGGUUACUUCAAUUUUUCACAUGUACAAUAAGUUGCCUCGGGAUCUGGAGCACUUAUUAAACAAGACCAUCAUCUCAGCACAUAAACCACAACGGGUGGUACUCAGCGGUUCUUCUAUGAAGCCUGUUUCAAAUAUAUACAGACGUUCCCAUGCAACUGGAAAAUGUCCAGCUCACCCACCUGGUGACCCCAACUGCCCUGGAGCAUCCCUAUCUAAAGUCCCUGCUUUGCUUCUCGCAAACAAGUCGGCGUAUGCGGAUUUCAAGUCGUGCGGCUAUAUCAAACUGAAACUGAACGAAGAUAGCAAGUAUUCCCCUAUCUUCAACGUCUGUAACGACCUUUUCUACCUCCAUAGAAGAUGCUCUAGUGAAUGGUCCGCCGCCAGUCUCUUUGAAGCUUUCUCUCGAGCCAAAGCCGUCGAUAAGGUCCGCUCACUUGCUCUUUCAGUAAACCAUUUUGACUUCCCGCAAGUCUUGCUUUCUCUCCCACAAUAUCCCAAUCUAGAGUUGGUCUUGAUCGUUCUUGAUGAUGAUCCUUACACGACCGAAAGCCAUGAAGCUCGAAGGAAAAACCUAACGAAAGCAAGAAAAAGGGCAAGAAAGCACUUUCAACGACCAUGGAAAACCAAAUUCCAAGUUCUCCAUCCAAAUAAUGUCAUGACAGAUAAAUAUCCUGUUCUGAAAGCUUAUAAUCUUCCACAGUCUGUAGACGUAUUGGGCCGAUUUCGCUCCGCACCUCCCAACCCUUUACCUAUCGAAAUGUCAGAUUUUAGGGGUCUUAUCAAGCUGAAUGAUUAUUCUAUAGCUUAUUACACAGAAAUGAAGACUUAUGAGGGCUUGGUGGAGACCAUGAAACGGAAGGUCAAUGGUCGUCGCGUCAACGACAACGUCAGUCACUGCAGCUAG